AUGAUUUCUCUAUUGAUUAUAAUUUUUAUAGCUCAUCCAAUUUAUAGUUCAUAUCAUUAUGUUGGUUGUUAUAAACAAGCAUUUCAUGAUAGUCUUUUUAUAAGUUCAUAUAUGGAACCAAACUUAUGUUUUCGUUUAUGUAAUACACCAAUAGUUUAUUUACAACGAGUAAUAUGUCGAUGUUCAGGUGGUGGUCUUAUGCAUCAAAAUCGAAUAAGAGAUCAAUUAUGUAAAAUACCAUGUAUGAAAACGACUAAUAGUGAAGGUAAAACAAGUGAUACAUGUGGUGGUGUAAGACCUUAUUCGGCUUAUGUUGAAGAUAAAUUUUAUACUGAACAUGGUCAUUUAUUUAAUUAUCAAAUUCAAUUUUCAUCAUGUCAAUUAUGGUUAGAUUCAGGUUUUUAUGAUACAUUAAAUGUUACAUUUGAUAAAUUUUCUGUUAAAUCACCAUUAAAUAAAAUGGAACGGUGUGCAGCUGCAUGUCUUGAUACAAAUGUAAUGACAAAAUCAAUAGCAUUCAAUAGUGAUAGUAAUCAAUGUAUAUGCAUCAUAUCACAACUAUUAUAUUUCUCAUUUCGUUCACAUUAUUUAACAAUUUUACAAAAUAAUAGUUGUAAUCAUUAUUGUGAUAACACAUUGGAUGAUUCAAAAGUUGAACAUAAAUUUCAAUGUGGUUCAUUAACAGAUUCACGUAUAUGGGCUAUAUAUGAUUUAAAUGGUUCAUGUCCAAUUGAUUAUUAUUAUAUAAAUGAAUUAAAAAAAUGUAUAUAUGCAUAUAAAACAUUUUGGAAUACAUGUACAUCACCAUCUGUAAGUUAUAUUUAUGAUGGAAAUAUAACAUGGAAUAUAUUUUUAAAAAUUAUUGAAAAAUUAAAUUUAAAUAAAACAAUUGUUUCAAUUAAUUUUGAUGAUGAUAUUAUUAUUGAUUCAUCAUGGAAAUGUUCAUCAACAAUAAAUAAUAGAACACAAUCAACUUUUUCUUAUAUAAGUUGGAAUUCUAAUACACGUUAUAUAUUAGAUAAUGGUUGUUUACGUCCACGUUCAUAUAUAUCGUAUUCUGAUAGAUUUUCAUAUCGUUUAUGUAUAACAAAUCCAAUAAAUAAAUAUUCAAUAUCAUAUGAUGAUGAAAAUGAAACACCUUAUAUAACUUCUCUUUAUCCGGAUAUAAAAUUUUGUCCAACAAAUUGGUUUGAUUUAAAUGGACGUUGUUAUCGAAUGUCGGAUGAACGUAAAACAAUUCAUGAUGCAAGAAAUAAUUGUAUUACUAUAACAACUGAAUCAAAGAAAAAUGAUAAAUCUCAUUUUUGGUUUCUUCAUGAUGAUGAUGAUGAUGAAGAUGAUGAAUUAGAUGAUUCAAGCACAAGUGAUAUUGUACAAUAUAUAUCACCAUGGCAAGCACGACUUGGUUUUUUUCUUCUUGAUAGACCUCCUGAUACCGAUGAAUCAAAUAAUAAAUCAACAACUCAAUUAUCUCGUCUAUAUUAUAAAAAUUUAACAUCAUCAAAUUUAAAUGUUAAUAUUUAUCGUUCAUCUAUAAAUGAAUUUCAAAUGAUUAAUCCAAGUGAUGAAAAUAAUUCAAGUGAAAUUGAUAAUUCAUGUAUUCUUGUUUCACGUACUAUUAUGGAAAAUAAAGAAAAUCCUAUUUUAAAUACUAGUCAAAUAAAGAAUUGUGCAAAACCUAAACAUGUUUUAUGUGAAACAAAAACAUUAAUUGUUCAUAAUUUUCAACAACGUUGUUUUCGUAAACCAAUAGCACUUGAUUUACCAGCAUUUAUAUCAGAUUUUUUAACAUAUGAAUUAUGUUUAACUAUUUGUCAAGGAUUACAAACAAAAUUAGCUAUUAUUAAUAUUAAUAAAUGUUAUUGUUUAAAUGGUUAUGCUUCAAAAGUAUUUAAUUUUACAAAAGAUCGUGCACAAUAUUUACAAAAUGAUUGUGGACAACCUUGUCCAGGUAAUACACAUGAACAGUGUGGUGAUAAAAAUACAGUUGUUGUCUUUCAUGUUAUUGAUAUUCGACGUUUAUUUACUGAGACUCGUGCAGCAGUUGAACCAUAUCCUGAUUUCAUUUAUGAUAGUUGUAUACAUGUAAAUUCUUUUAAUCUAUCAACAACAUAUCAAUUUAAUUUAACAAAUAUAAAUAAUAUUCAUCCACGUCAUUGUUUACAAUUAUGUUUAAAUUAUCAACAAAAAUAUGCUCUUAUUAAUUCAAAUAUAUGUUUAUGUACAAAUAUACAAAUAAAAGAUAUACAAUAUAAUACAACUAUACUUUCAAAUCAAUAUUGUUCUCAAGAAUGUUCAGCUAAUUAUUUUUAUACAUGUGGAAAUAAAAUUAAUUCAACAAUAUAUUCAAUGUAUAUAAUGCAACCAAAAUGUCGUCAUGGUUUUGAAGUUUCUGAAAAUGAUCAACAAUGUGUAUAUAGUCAUUUAUCAGUAAAGAAAAAUUCAUUUAUAGAUGCACAAUCUUAUUGUAAAUCUAUUGGUGGUAUUAUUGCAAAAAUCAAUGAUAUUUUAGAAAUUCAAGAUAUAUUAUCUGAAACAACUUUAUAUAGACGUUAUUCAAAAACAUUUUCAAUAUUUGCUUUUAUUAAUUCAUAUAAUACAUCAAAAUAUUAUUGGAUUGAUCGUACAUUAAAUAUUAUUGAUAAUAAUACAAUAUCAGAUCGUUUACUUGAAAAAUGUUCACAAAUAUCAAAUAUAAUUGAUCAAAAUUGUAUUGUUAUACGUUAUGAAAAAUAUACAAAUAAUAAUAUAACAACUUGGGAUCAAUGUAUUGCUGAAUCAAAUCAAUGUUCAUCAGUAUCAGCUAUGCCUGUUUGUAUUGAUCAACAAUUAGAAUUUAAUUCAACUAUAAUUCAUUCAAUUAAUAAUAAUGAAUCAUUAUCUGUAUCAGUUAAUUUAUCAAUAGAUUAUUCAUGUGGUUCUGAUACAGAUUAUUAUUUUAUUGAUGAAUAUUGUUAUAAAAUAUCAAUUCAUGAAAUUAGUUGGAAUGAUGCAAAAUCUGAAUGUGAACGUGAUAAUGCUAUGUUAUUUGUACCUGAAAAAGCGAUUACAUUACAAAUAGUAAAAUCUUUAUUUGUUCGUCGACGUAGUUAUACAUCAUCUGGUUUUGCACAUAUUGGUGUUAUUUAUGAUAAUCAAAAUCGUACUGUUAUACAAUAUAAUAUAACCGAUAAAAAUACUCUACGAACAGUACCAGAUUCUAAUGCUAUUUAUGAUUUAUGUGAACAAACAUUUCAUCAACAUUAUACAAAAAUAAUUUCAUUAAAAUCUCUAUCAAAAAAUGAACAAAAUCGUUUAAAAGCUCAACAAAUUGGUUGUGCAUAUGUUGAUUUAUUAAGUGAUAUAACACCAGUUAUUCGAUGUGAUGAAAUACCUUGUAAUCGACUAGCAACUGUCAUAUGUCAAAAAAAGCCAAGUAUACAAACGACUAUUAUUGAAGCAAAACGGAUAUCUAUUAACUUACCAACGAAUGAUAAUCCAACUCUUAUACCAACGAUACCAUCAAUUAAUAAGGAAUCAACCAAGACUGAAUCUUCUGAUCUAAAUUUUCAAACAGAUACCAAUUCUGUUGGCAGAGAUUUUGCUCCAAUUUUCUUUAUUCUAGCAAUAAUAUUUGUUCUUAUACUUCUUGGAUUUAUAAACAUAUUACACAAUCAUUAUUUAUAUCCAAGGAAUAAUAAUAAUAAUCUAUUUCAUAGUGGAAGACGUAAUAAUAAUUCUGUUUAUUCUCAAUUAACAUCUACAAAUGAUUUCGAUCUAAAUUAA